CCCGCGGUGCAGGAGCGGGGGUGACUGUGUUACUGGUGCACUGGGAACUUACCUCUUCCAGCCGGAGCGUCCCUCUUGCCUUCUCCGGGCAGGAGGCAGAAAGCUUUGGGGAAACAUUUGACGGGGAGUUUGUUAAAAGAAGGUGAGAGGAUGACAACGCCAGUCCCCCGAGGCUGCAGCAGCAGCAUUGGUGCUGACUAUUACCUGCUCUGUGACAUGGAGAAGGCCUGGGGGAUUGUCCUGGAGUCACUGGCUGCAGCUGGCAUCCUCAUCACCAUUUUCCUCAUCUGCUCGCUCUUCUUUCUCAUCUGUAAAGUCCAAGACAACAGCAAGAGGCACAUGAUUUCCGUCUAUUUCUUCUUUCUCUUAGGCACACUCGGCAUUUUUGGUCUCACUUUUGCCUUCAUCAUUAAACUCAAUGAAAGGACUCGCCCCACUCGCUUCUUCCUAUUUGGAGUCCUCUUUGCUCUCUGCUUUUCAUGCCUCCUCACCCAGGCCUGCAACCUCAACAAACUAGUGAGAGGAAGAAAGCCCUUCUCCUGGCUCAUGUUGCUGCUCCUCAUUGUUUCCUUUUUCCUAGUACAAGUUGUGAUCAGCAUCGAGUACUUAGUCACCAUGCUAGUAAACCAGAAAGACACAUUUCUGAAUAUGACUGCAGAGGAGACCAACAAAGACUUUGUCAUGCUUUUGAUCUACGUGCUCUUCUUGAUGGCUCUGACCUUCUUGGUUUCCAUGUUCACGUUCUGUGGGUCAUACAAAAGCUGGAAGAGGCACGGGGCACACAUCUUUGUCACUGCCCUGUUCUCCAUUGCCAUUUGGGUAGUGUGGAUCACUAUGCUCUUAAAAGGCAACACGGUUUUAAACAGACCUACUUGGGAUGAUCCUGUUGUGGCUAUUGCUCUGGUGUCCAAUGGAUGGGUCUUCCUGAUAAUGUAUAUUGUUCCUGAAAUUUGUUUCCUCACUGCUCCUGUGAAGCUGGAGGACUACCCUCCAGAAAAUGACUUCUGCCAACCCAAGUUCAUAAAGCAGACAACUGGAGUGGACAACCGUGCCUACACCCAAGAUGAAAUUGUGCAAGGAGACACAGAAGUCCUCAGGUACUCCCCAUACUCUUCUCACCUUCAGAUGAAGACCAUUGAACUGCAAAAUGAUUUCUCCAUCCCUCGGCCCAAGGCCCGGACAAGCCCAUACCAUGACUACACUGGUGGGAAAGGCGCCAUGUAGCAGCUCUGCAGGGAGGCAAGAGACUAAGCAUGAGGAAUGGGCCACGUGGUAACAAGUGAGUCGAUCUCUGCAGAAGAGACAGAGUCAACUGACACUGACAAAAAGAGGAGAGGGGUCCUCAUUUCCUGCACAGGCACCCUUGUAGCCCCCUCUCUUUCCUCAAACACAGCUUUCAAACACUGUUCUGUCCAUCUUGUCCUCACUCCAUUGGUUUCUCCAUGGGAGGAAGCUCAUCUCUUUGACAGAGGAACGUGCUGGGAAGAGGCUGUCCUGGCCUAUUUUCAGCAGGAAUGCUGCAGGGCUAGAGCAGCAGGAAGAUCAUCAUCUGGGUCUGCAACUGGCUCUGCCCCAGCCAAGACUUGCUUUGAUCAGCUUGCAGGGAUGGCUGUUCCCCAUGUCUGGUGGGAGAAGAGACAGGAACAGGCGCAUCAGACCUACAUAUCCCCACACCUGCCCAUCUGCAAACACAUCUUGGGUACUACCAAGGCCCUCUUAUCUAUCCACCAUUACUUUUGUGCCCACUCCCAGCCCUGCCUGAGUCUCCUUCAAAGAUCACUGGAGAAGACAGAGAGAGAAAGAAUAUUCCUUUUUUUCUUCUUCAUGUUCACUUCCAACUCCCUCCUCAUCACCUAGAGGGGAAAUGGGAGAGGGGGAAGAAAAUUUAAAGACAUAAAAACAUUACACCUAUUUACCCUGACAAAUUUCCUGAUUUGUGCUAUAGCAUCAGCCUUCCUCUUAGCUCUGACCACACACCCCAGCUGAGCUGCCCAGGGUGCCUGCCCAACCUCACCAAUCCUCCCUCCUGACCCCUGCCCUCCAGGCUGUGGAUCCCUGCAGACAAAACCUUUUCCAUGCAGCUGCCUUCAGUACUCUUGUGGGAUCUAAUCCCGUGCACCUCGGAGCUCUGCCUCCUGAGUGUGUCUGUGGCAUUAACACAAGCAUUUCCCAAGCGAGCAGGUUAUGGAGGGUGAACACCCUUCUUCCCAGGAGCUUGUGCAUGUGUGUGUGUGUGUGUGUGUGUGCUGUGUGGACUGCACCCUGGCAAUAGCAAGGAGGCUGCAGUCUUGAAUCAUUCUGUAGCCUGCUUCACAUUUGGUAAAUAGCUUUCCAUGGUAUUUCAUAUAUAAAUGCAUGGAGCUCCCCAAGUGGGUCUGUAUGGUACACUGGUGUCUGACACAACUAUGUAUUUAUUUAGUACUUUGUACGUGGAAUAUUUAAUUAAUAAAAACCCAAACAGCCUGACAAUGAGAAA